UAAUUUUGCAAGAGAAAAUUAUGGUUGUUAGCAUCGACGGGUACAAAGAUGUUCCGUCCUACGACGAGAACGCUUUGAAGAAAGUCGUUGCACACCAACCCGUUAGCAUGGCCAUUGAAGCCGGCGGCAUGGCCUUACAACUCUACCAGUCGGGUGUUUUCACUGGUGAGUGCGGAACAGCAUUGGACCACGGUGUCGUUGCUGUCGGGUAUGGCACUGAAAACGGCACAGACUAUUGGUUGGUGAGGAACUCAUGGGGAACCAACUGGGGAGAGAGUGGAUAUUUUAAGAUAGAGAGAAAUGUUGCAAGCACGUACACAGGCAAGUGUGGCAUUGCAAUAGAGUCUUCUUACCCAACAAAGAAGGAACAAAAAUACCCAUCAAGCUCCUUCUCUGCUGAGCAAGACAUCAAGAUGGUCACAAGUGCUUGAAGUUGGAAUGAUGGGGGCCUUUUCGUCAAUUGUGGUACAAAAUGCCCAAUGUGUUCCCUUUUGUUGUCUAAGUUUACGAAAAUGGAUGUGGACUAUUAUUGGUAUUAUAGAUUUGGGAUGAAAUCAUUGUUUGUAAAUAGAUUUAAAUUAUGUUUAAAUUGCACCUAGCAAAACUCAUAAUUCGUGCAAUCACAUUCCAAGUUUCAAUCAAAAGUUACCCUUAUGUGCA